AUGAAGAACCGGCCUUGCUGGCUCGAGGGGGCUCGCUGCGGUCUGCCGUGUGGUAAGAAGCUCAAGUGCGGCACUCACGCAUGUAGAAAGGAGUGUCACCGUCCUGGCGAAUGUGAAGACGCUGAUAUUCCCGGCUCUCAUUGCGCCCAAUCCUGCGGCAAGACUCGCAAAUCCUGUGACCACUCGUGCCAGGACUCAUGCCACGCCCCCUAUCCAUGCAAGGAAGACCGGCCAUGCCAGAGCAAGACCUUCAUCACUUGCGACUGUCAGCACCGCAAGAAGGAGGUGAAGUGCAUGGCUACCAAGACCAACCCAACUCCGGAUCGCGACAUCCUGAAGUGCGAUGACGAGUGCCUCCGCCUUCAGCGCAACCAGCGCCUCGCUGUCGCCCUCAAUGUCGACCCGGAUCACAACGACGACCACAUCCCCUAUUCGGACACGACUCUCAAGCUCUUCCGUGAGCUCUCUCAUACCUGGGCCCAGAACCAGGAGCGCGAGUUCCGCGUCUUCGCAUCGGAAGCCUCCGAGAAGCGUCUGCGCUUCAAGCCUAUGCCCUCGUUCCAGCGCGCCUUCUUGCACGCUCUUGCCGAGGAUUUCGGCUUCGACUCGGAGAGCCAGGACCCAGAGCCGCACCGCCACGUUUCCAUCUUCAAGACACCGCGCUUCGUCGCCGCACCGAAGAAGACGCUGGCGCAGUGCGUCAAGAUCCGCACCGACGCAGCCAAGACAGCAGCAGCCGCAGCCGCAGCGUCUUCUUCGGCGGCUGCCGCAGCGUCGGCACCGGAGCCCUUCAACGCCCUGCUCCUCUCGGCCCCGCGCUUCGGCCUGACCAUUGACGAGGUCGAGUCCGCCCUCACCAACCACCUCAAGGCUUACAACACCCUUUCCUUCACCACCGCCUUCCUCCCAUCGGAGGAGAUCCUCAUCCGCGCGGUUCCCGUCACCUCCUGGGGCACUACCCCCUCGGCCAUCGAGUCUUCUCUCGCUUCCCUGAAGCCCCUCGUCGCGCGCACCGUAACCAAGGACGGCAUCGCCGCGGCCGCGACAAUGGUCCACGCCGACGCGAGCCUCAACGUCCUCCGCCGCGAGGGAACGUCGGCCAACGGCAGUAGCGGCGGGUGGAACGCCGUCGUCGGCCGCGCUGCGGCACAGCGUAGGACCGUUGCGUCCAAGCCCGCCGCCGACGCGCGUCCCGCCAGCGGUUUCGUCAGCUUCUCCAAGCUGGCGCGCAAGAAGGUCGUCGAGGACUCUGUCGCGGAUGACUGGGAGGCUGCCGCCGAGAGCGAUGAGUGA